AUGAAUACAGCGGCUCGAGCACUGAGGGCUGUCCGCUAUAGCUGCGCGGCAGAACGUCAUUUGGCAAAGACGCUGUCCAGAAGCCCUGUAUCUUUGCUUCGCCAACGCACAUUGCUACUUUCACAGCACUCCAUUCGGCAGUAUUCGCAAGCCGCUCCAAAGGGAGCACAGACAAAGGAGGACUUUUCUAGGCUCACAUGGAAGAGUAUAGGAGCUUUCCUUGUCAGUGGAGCCGCUCUAUUCGGGUAUUUUGAGUACGAGAAGAGAAAGCUGCAAGCCCGGCGAGAGGCGUCAAAGAAUGAGAGUGCCGGCAAGCCAUUAGUUGGAGGACCCUUCUCUUUGGUGGAUCACAAUGGACGGCCUGUGACAGACCUUGAUUAUCGGGGCAAAUACAUGCUCCUGUAUUUUGGCUAUACGUUUUGCCCCGAUGUUUGCCCAGAGGAACUCGAGAAGAUGGCCGAAGUGGUCGAUACGUUGAGUAAAAAGGAGGGCUAUACUGAAGAGACCAUUGUUCCCAUCUUCAUUUCGUGCGACCCCAAGCGUGACUCGAUCGAAGCAAUAAAAGAAUAUGUCCGAGACUUCCAUCCCAAAUUUGUAGGGUUGAUUGGAACGCAUGCACAGAUCAAGCGAGUUGCAAAAGCCUACCGUCUGUACUUUAGCGCACCGCCGAGAGCAGUGGACGAUGAUGAGGCGGACUAUCUUGUGGACCAUUCUAUAUUCUUUUAUCUGGUAGACCCUGACGGAAAAUACGUUGCACAUUUUGGACGGACGGAUACAGCGGAGGAAGUUACAGAUAGGAUCAUUCAGCAAAUCAAGCAGAGGCGACAGUUGAAUGCGUAGAUGAGGAAUAACUCUAGUUUAUUAUUUACCAAAUUUACAAUUUACUUAUUGCGGUCCAGCAACCGUCCCAA